AUGUCGGUGCCGCUGCUCAAGAUCGGGGCCGUGCUCAGCACCAUGGCCAUGGUCACCAACUGGAUGUCGCAGACGCUGCCCUCGCUCGUGGGGCUUAACGGCACCGUGUCCCGCGCGGGCGCCUCCGAGAAAAUCACUCUCUUCCAAAGCCCAGAGGAAGGCUGGCAGCUGUACACCUCCGCUCAAGCCCCUGACGGGAAAUGCAUCUGCACGGCUGUGAUCCCUGCACAGAGCACUUGCUCCCGAGAUGGCCGAAGCCGGGAGCUGCGGCAGCUGAUGGAGAAGGUCCAGAAUGUCUCCCAGUCCAUGGAGGUCCUUGAGUUGCGGACCUACCGUGACCUCCAGUAUGUACGUAGCAUGGAGACCCCCAUGAGGAGCCUGGACACACGGCUCCGAGCCGCUGAUGGAUCUCUCUCAGCCAAGAGCUUUCAGGAGCUGAAGGACAGGAUGACAGAGCUGCUGCCCCUGAGCUCAGUCCUGGAGCAGUACAAGGCAGACACACGGACCAUCGUGCGCCUGAGGGAGGAGGUGAGGAAUCUCUCUGGCAGCCUUGCAGCCAUCCAGGAGGAGAUGGGCGCAUACGGGUACGAGGACCUGCAGCAGCGGGUGAUGGCUCUGGAGGCCCGGCUCCACGCCUGUGCCCAGAAACUGGGCUGUGGGAAGCUGACUGGAGUCAGUAACCCCAUCACCAUUCGGGCCAUGGGGUCCCGCUUUGGCUCCUGGAUGACUGACACGAUGGCCCCCAGCGCAGAUAGCCGGGUCUGGUACAUGGAUGGCUAUUACAAGGGCCGCCGAGUCCUGGAGUUCCGCACUCUGGGAGACUUCAUCAAAGGCCAGAACUUUAUCCAGCACCUGCUGCCCCAGCCUUGGGCAGGCACAGGCCACGUGGUGUACAAUGGCUCCUUGUUCUAUAACAAGUACCAGAGCAAUGUGGUGGUCAAGUACCACUUCCGCUCGCGCUCUGUGCUGGUGCAGAGGAGCCUCCCAGGGGCCGGCUACAACAACACCUUCCCCUAUUCCUGGGGCGGCUUCUCCGACAUGGACUUCAUGGUGGACGAGAGCGGGCUCUGGGCUGUGUACACCACCAAUCAGAAUGCAGGCAACAUCGUGGUCAGCCGGCUGGACCCACACACGCUCGAGGUCAUGCGGUCCUGGGACACUGGCUACCCCAAGCGCAGUGCCGGUGAGGCCUUCAUGAUCUGUGGCGUGCUUUACGUGACCAACUCCCACCUGGCUGGAGCCAAGGUCUACUUCGCCUACUUCACCAACACGUCCAGCUAUGAGUACACGGACGUGCCCUUCCACAACCAGUACUCCCACAUCUCCAUGCUGGAUUACAACCCCCGGGAGCGGGCCCUCUACACCUGGAACAAUGGCCACCAGGUGCUCUACAAUGUCACCCUCUUCCAUGUCAUCAGCACUGCUGGGGACCCCUAGAGGUGGCCCCAGAUCAUGCUGCCACACGAUGGCCACUGGGGGCCCUUUCUGCUCUGCCUGUGUCCCUUCAAGUUUAUCUUCCGUCUCUGUGGCGCUCUCUCUCCUGUCCUUUUUUUCCCCCCUAUCCCCACUUGAGAGCUUUCAUUCUCUGCUUUUACAUUUCUAUUUGUGCAUUUUCUCAAUGUUCUCCUUUAUUGAUCUGAUUUUGAUACUCCACUUGUCUUUCUGCCUUUCUCUGAAUGUCUUUUUAUUGAUUGGACUUUCCAGCUCUUUCACUGUCUCUCUGCCCUCUCUGCCCUCCCUCUUUGCCCCCCACCCACUAUUCUCUCCCCACUCUGCACCCAUCCUGCUCCCCGUCUCCCUAAGGAGUUGAGUGCAUGGAUCUGUUUCUUUUUCUAUUUACACUUUUUCUUUCUGGGUUGCUGGAAUAAACGGGACCUUUGACAUUUGA